AUGUGCUUGGAUCCCAAGCGGAUAUGUGGGUGUUUAAGGUUUCUAUGCUAUUCGGUUAUGGUUCUUGUGGAGAAGGCAUAUGAUCUUGCUAACUCAAAAUGCGUUACCAAAUACAGGUUUAUUUGUGCUCUUUCGGAAAUGGCUUUCGAAUUGUAUGGUAUGCUGGCUGGGAAUGUUAGUCCCACGACGGGUGAGAGUAUUAAGCCUGCCUAUGGUGGUGAAGAAGAGGCUUUCUUAAGGAAAGUAGUAACUCCAAUCUAUAACACAAUAGCAAAGGAAGCUAAAUGGAGCAAAGGAGGAAAAUCAAAGCAUUCUCAAUGGAGGAACUAUGAUGAUUUAAAUGAAUAUUUUUGGUCCAUUGAUUGCUUCCGAUUAGGCUGGCCAAUGCGUGCUGAUUCUGAUUUCUUCUGCCAGCCUAUUGAACAGCUUCGUGAUGAAAAAAAAAUGCGAUGUCCAAAGGACGGACCGGGUCAAAUUGAGGAGCUUGCUGUGGAGAUAGGUCUCCGGUUCGUGAACCGAAUGUCUCACCAGGCAACUCCAGACGUAUUUGAGUCUCGUUCAACGGGAUUUGACCAAGGCUCGAAGACCUUUUGGUACAUGGAACAGUAUUUUAAGGUGGCUGUUCGUGCCCCUGUUAACGGCUAA